AUGGGACCCGUCUUGAGACAGCGGCCCCGCCCCGCUGGCGCUGCAGCGCAGCCUCGCGCGGUCUCCGACCCCUCUACAACAGGGGAUACAUCAGCACAGCAAGCAGGCACCCCCCCUUCGGCGACCUUCGCGUCGUUGACUAACACGGCGCUCCGACAACAAAGCCACGAGCCCGCAACCCCUGCACAACCAAACAAGCCCAUACAUGAGAGAGAGUCUUCCCAAACAAGUACCUCCUCUCCUGCAGCAACUGAGGAAACGGAUGCGUCCACUGCCUCGUCUUCCUCUUGGGAGCACGCCACGCCUCCCUCCUCUCCUGCCACCCCCGUGGCCUCAAGCGAAGCUGGCUCGUCCCGCUCGUUCACCGCAUCUCCUUCUCUCUCGUCUCUCUCGGCUGCCGUAACAGCGGCGCCCGUUCUCCCUGCCGCGGCCGUAACUGGGCCAAACACGCCCGCUGCAACUUCCGCUCCCCAGGGCUUCGAGCAACCUACCACCUCGUCACGUCCCUUCCUGAGUCAACGAUGCGACCAGGCCACUCCUAUGCCGUGCCCAAACACUUCCGGGCACACCAUCAUCUUCCGCCCUGUCGGGAAGAAAACACACUUCCUCGCUCUUUCGAGGGACAACAUUGCGAGCUUCCUCUCCGGAUUCCCCGCUACGCGGCGAGUUCGUGUCAACUACCGGCGCAACCUCGUCGCCGUCGAUACACACCAAGCUUCUGACCCCACCUCCCUACUACAGGUGGCCGUCAUCUGCGAUGUCAAGGUCAGAAGCAAGAUUCUCACCCCGAACACAUGCGUCGGAUUGGUCUUCGGAGUUGAUCCUCGCUUCGACGCCGAAGCAAUUUCGGCCAACAUCUGCUCAUCAGUCCCAGUGACUUCUUGCGUGAGACGAGGCAAAUGCCUUACCAUCACUUUCGAGGGCACCACGGUCCCCAAGGAAAUUUUCCUGUAUAAACAAAGGCGCCUCGUUCGUCCUCGCCUCCCCAGGCCUCUCCAAUGCACCCGAUGCGGCCGCUACGGACACGCCACGGCCACCUGCUCGCUUGACGAGCGCUGUCUUCGCUGCGGUGCCAGCCACGCCGCAGAACCCUGUACAGCAGAACAACCACGUUGCAUCAAUUGCAACGGCAACCACGCCUCAACAGACCCGCGCUGCUCUUCCUGGCAGCUUCAGCGCAAGGCCGCCGUCAUCCUCGCCUCAUCCGAUGGCUCCGUGACUCGCCGCCAAGCUCUGGAGCGCGCCGGGAACGUUGUACGCAACAAGCAGGGCACUUCGGUUGUAACCAAGGGCCGUUCCUUCCGCGAUGCCCUUACCGGCGGCUGUGCCUCUACCACCACCGAACCUACGCCCUCUACAACGAGUGCGCCGGCUCCUCAGGCCGACCCCAAGGACGUUGUGCUGGCCGCGCUCGCCGCAGCCAUUCGUGCAGUCCUGCCCUUCGUUCCCGACGACUCACCUGUUCGUGCGUUGUGCGCCGCGGCUCUCGCCGCGCAUGAUGUCAUCGCGCCCACGGGAUAA